AUGAAUGAGGAGUACGUGGAAGCGGCGAGAAUUCUCGCCAAUGCCUCGGAGCGGGCUGUCCUCGGCCUUCUUGGUUCGGACGAUGCCAGAAACGUUCAACGUGCAAGCAUGGCAAUGGAUCGGCGACUUCAUAAACUGCAACGCCUUUGCGAUGGUUGGCAUGAGGCAUCAGCGGCAUUUUCAUCGGCUGAGAAGCUACACACGACACGAAGAAGUGACAUAAGAACAGAUGCAGUCGCGGCAGAUCCAUAUGGCAAGACUGCGGUGGAGAGAAGAGGAGGAGAGGCGUCUGAAAGAAGGAUGGAAAGACCGCCGGCCUUGGUGGUAUGCACUCACCGUGGUGGGGGAACGCAACAGCAGAAGCAACCGCAGUUGACCCAAGAGGAGAAGCCGGGACAGUGGCUCACGCAACUCCUUGAUCGGUAUUCGGACGAACUGAGACAACCCGCCACACUUGCGCGUUCAUUGGAGCCGCAUAAUAACGGUAGUAUGAGGGCAUUUCCUUCGUUAUCAACUCUGGCGUUUGAAAAACAGCAGCAAGAAGAAUACCGCACCAAUUAUCUGGCGUUUCAAUACGGUGAGAAAUUGGCAAGAACACAUGGGACAGCUGUGGUGUCCUCGCCUCCGCCCUAUCGCGAAUCGCGUCAGUCGGAGUACGCAAUUGGUUACACUCACGAUUCCCAUCAAGAGCACGAGCGGCGUACCACCACAGAUAGCAACAUAGUGGGAACUCCCUGGAGAGGUGGAUUCUCCCACGGUGCAACGGACCAGACCCCAUCACGAGGAUGCGGUUUCAAUAUUCCAUCACGACACCACGUCAUUAAGGCCCCGCCCAUCUUCUUCCCGGACAGCACGAACACCAUCUCCGCCACGAAUAGUGAUAUUUUAGAUGGUCCAAUCGGUUUAGAUGAAAAUCAGGGUUUCGCGGGCCAGGAGCCAUCGCUUUUGUCCAGCAGGACGGCUUCGGGGUCCUUUUUGCGACCGAUCCGGGCACCAGCAGUUUCGGUAGGUGUUGAGCAGGAAUAUGAUGAUGAGGCGCUGUCUUUGCAAGUAGCGGUGGGUGGGACGAAGAACAUCAAUACGCACAUACAAUACCACAGGGUGAAGCCAUCAGAGACGGUGGAAAGCAUUGCCGCUUUGUAUGGUGUUCACCCAGACGUGUUGUAUAAGCUCAACCCUAUGGUGUUACUUGAGGGGGAUCUUGGGAUUGUUUUUUAUCGCAUGGCGCUUCCGCCAAGGAUGAUUUUGUGCGUUGCCGCAGCACCUCUCUAUGAGUCUGCGAGUUAG